AGGAGGGCGUCAAUAAAGGGCCGGAUGUGGAAGUUGGGCGGUUUGGCUGUGCCGCUUAUCUGUCGAAUGAAGGGUCGGUUUUACUAUGCGGUGCGGGCAGGGAGGAACCCCGGGGUGUAUGGGACUUGGGAUGAAUGUAAAAAGCAAGUUGACAGAUUUCCUAAUGCCAUUUUCAAGAAGUUUGCUACAGAAGAUGAAGCAUGGGCUUUUGUAGGUACUGCAGCUAUAAAUUCACAAACUGCAUCAUCAGAAUGUGGUGGCCAAAGUAAGACUGCUGAUGAGUCUGAUGAUGAUGAUGAUGACGACAGCAAUGACGAUGACAAUGAGGAUGAGCCAUGCAGCAAAAGGUUCAAAAGUACAAAACCAUUCAUUGACUUGGAACAUAAGUUCACAUAUAUGGGAGAUGCUGUUGCAGUUUAUACUGAUGGCUGCUGUACAAGUAAUGGGAAAAAACAUCCUCGAGCUGGAAUCGGUGUGUACUGGGGUCCUGGUCACUCCCUAAAUUUGAGUGAACGACUUUCAGGAAGACAAACCAACCAAAGAGCAGAAAUAGUUGCCGCUUGUCGGGCACUUGAACAGGCAAAGGAACUCAAUAUUGAAAAGCUGGUUAUUUUCACUGAUAGCAUGUUUACAAUUAAUGGUAUUACAAAGUGGAUUAAUUCCUGGAAGACUAAUGGUUGGAAGCUUAGUUCAGGAGGAUCUGUAAUCAACAAAGAGGACUUCAAAAGGCUUGACAAAUUGACUUCUGGUAUCAAUAUCGAAUGGAUGCAUGUACCAGGUCAUGCAGGUUUCACAGGAAAUGAAGCAGCAGACAGUCUUGCAAAGGAUGGAGCAUCCAAACCACUAUGCUGAUGGUCACACUCAAGAAUGCACUAUCUAGAGUACCAUUCUGCAAUGCAUAUGUGUGUAUCAAAUGUUUACCAAGCAAAGUUAAUUUAAUCGUUUCAUUUUGGUAAAGCUUCAUAUUACUGACUGCUGGCUGUUACUGACAGUUGUUUAACCAUGCACUAAUGCAGUGUUCGACCUACUGUUGCAUCCUGCAUUGACAAUUCAUAUUUGUUGUAUCUACUGGCCAUGAUUUUCGAACGAUUGGUUCAAAUUCUAGGUUACGUAUCUGAAUUUCCAAUAUCCACUGCUAUCAUAGAAAUUCCUUGCUAAUAAAAUGUACUGAUAGAAAUAUGAAGGUUGAUUUAAAAUCAGAAUAACAAAUUUACUUUUCAUUCUCUCUGGACUGCAUGUCUAUAUUUAGAAGAUGUUCUUUAAUUUUCUGAGACACUUGCUGUUUAUUUGAGGUAAGUAAUAACUAAUAAAAGCUUUACCUCCUUGAUCCUCUUGGUACCUGCAUAGCAAAUGUUUCCAUGACAGCAUCACGUCUGGGAUUUGAUCCUUUUAUCAUAAUACUACAGACAUUUUAGUCUUAAUGUAAGUUGUACUCAUAACUUUUUAAUGACCAUUUGCAUUGAGCAUUUUGCUGCAGGAAUGCCUCUGUACAUUACCAAUUCACACGAAUUGAGCUGAUUGUCUAUAUAGGGUGCAAGAUAUUUAAUUUCAAGAUGGCGAACCUGGCCAGAAUAAGACUCAGUUUGUGCAUAUGACCGUUUUGUAAAGCAAAGAUUACACUGAAUAAAUUUUGUUCCAGUUUUGUACAUACAUUUUAAGGAGUUUUUGCUCUAUUUGUUCACAAACUCAAUAACAAUGAAGUAA